GCAGCAGGUGAACCACCAUCGGGUGUGUGUGUGCGAGUGAGAGAGAGGGAGAAAAAAAAAAAAGUGUUCCAAGUGUCACUACUUCGUUGUCACAGAUUCCCACAUGAAUAGUCGAUAUUCAACAUCUAUUAUCAUUUAAAAGAAUUAUCACUUCUUUCCCUCUUUCCCUUUCUCUUUCUCUACUUCUCCCUUCUAUCCCCGCACCCCCCCCUCACUCGCUUCAAUUACCCUGGGACGGGGGAUUUGCAUGGUACGGAUCUUUGGCAAUAGCCUUACUGCUGACGCCUACUCCGCCCGCUGAAAACACCGAUUCGUGCAUGUCGCCUGCAUACGAGACUAUUUCGUUUUCCGGCUCGAUGAAUAAUUAGUGCCGUCCCCAAUUUUCAGCCCAUUUAACCCCUCUGCCUCUGUUUGCCCGCUGGUUUUCCAUCGGAGCAGGAAGAAAAAAAAAAAAUCGAAGAGAAAAAAAACCUUUUCAAUUGAUCAACAUUCCGGGGACAAACAGUCGGUGUUGAAGGGAUAGUUAUGGCAAGUUUUUUCACACCGACAUCCAAGAACCUGGGGGGCAUCCCCAACUUGAAACUCACCCCAACAAACUCCCCCGUCUUUUUGUCGUCCCGCAACAGUACCAGCAUACGGUCUACCAGCAAAGGGCGCCAGAAUUCAUCCUCUGGGUCCUCCUCGUCCUCCUCCACUUCACCAUUUUCCGACUGCGGACUCGCUUUGAAGCGCGUGAUAGGAUGCUCCACAACUGCCUUUGACAGCCAUCCUCCUUCGCGGUCGUUUGCAUACACCGCGGGCGCUGCCGCUGUGGUUGUUCAGCUCGACGACGAUCUGCAGAUCACGCAGAGAUUUUUUCGAGCUAGGCCGAACGCUCCCACCCUCACCUCGGCUGUAUCAUCCUACGCACCAUCUACACCGGGUGGCUACUCGCAGGAGACGAGGAAUCGGACUGCCGCAUCGUUACGGGAUGCCGGCAUUGGACACAUAUUCUCGAACAAUGCUUCGCCUUUUUCCGGCGAGGAUUCGCCCAGCUCAAGAACGUGGACUGCUAGAGAGCGGAUUAAGGCUGCGACAUGUCUAUCCUUUAGCCCGGAUGGAAAAUGGAUAGCUGUUGGAGAGGUAUUUUUUUUUCUUCACCCCACACUUUCUCACUCGCAAUGGAUGAUGAUGGAAUCGUGCUGAAAUUUCGCCAGACUGGAUAUAACCCUAGGAUUUUGAUAUUUUCGUUAUCGAAAGAUGUCCCCAGUGAUUUACCCGUCGCUGCCAUGUCGGAGCAUACCUUUGGCGUGCGGGGUGUCGCAUUUAGUCCUUGUUCGAAAUAUUUGGCUAGUAUUGGUACAAUGAAUGAGUAAGAUAUUCCCAGCGAUCAUCAUCGGGCGAUGGUGCGCAUGCUGAUUUUUACGAAAGCGGGUUUGUCUACGUGUGGUCUUUGAAUGGUGCUAGAGGUAGCCUUGUUCGCCUUCAUUCUAGCAACAAGUGCACAAGUUUUGUCCGGCAGAUAGCAUGGAUGGGCAAGAGUCUUGUAACGUUUGUAUAUCCCGCUUUUGAGGCUUCUGCGCGUUGAUUGACAUUUCACAGUGUUGGAACACGGCAUGUGAAGAUUUGGAAGACUGAAGACGAGGUUAGUCCAAAAUUUAGAAAGUCACGUCAUGGGCGAUCACUUAUGCGCAGACAGCAAAAACCUGUAAGCCCUGGGCCUAGGGUAUUGCAUGGGCGGAACGCGUUGCUGGGUGCCAUGUCAGAUUCGACCAUGAGUUGUGUUGUUGGCAUCUCGGAUGACAAGGCCUUGGUAUGCACUGAGAAGGGUGACAUCUGCUUAUUGGAUGAGAGCGGUCUUCGAUUUUCCAAGGUUGCCAGUGCUGAAUUUGGAGUUGGGUGUAUCACUGUUGAUGCAGAGUCGAAGUUUGCCUGGGUAGCGGGCAAACAUGGCAACAUUCGGUUUGUAUCCAUCCCGAGUGCCCUAGAGUCGUGCGCUGAUUAUCCUUAGGGCGUUGGUAUUAAAAGAGAUUGUGCCCUCGACCCCACCGCAAUCACCGUCAUCGUCGAGAUCUAGUUCGCCCAUUCUUCCUUAUGGAUGCCGACCGGCGCAUGUGCUUGCUAUGGCCAGCAUGCUUGGACACCUGUUUACCCUGGAUUCCAAUCACUCGUUGAAGAUUAUCAAUAUGUCUACCGUGGAUGGCGUGCCAGUGCCUAACUCGAUGAUUCGUGAAUUGCCUGCACACAAGGAUGCAUGUUUAGGCGUACGAUUAUUACCCGCCAAUCACAGUUCUCAGGGCCUUUUCUUCACUUGGUCUGCUGGUGGUGCUGUUUUGUUUUGGAGUUUGGAGGGUGCGCAGAAGGGUGAAUUUCAAGUGGAACUUGAGCAGCCUAUGGAGAGCGAGGAUGAUGUCUCGAACGAGUUGAAAGUUGUGCGAGUGUCGGAUCGUGGUGAUAUCUUUGUCACUGGAGACAAGUAUGGCGUGUUAAGGUAUGGGUUUUGGGAAGACGCAUCCGGACCAGGCUAAUUGUUAUCGCAGAGUAAUCGAUGGCAAAAGCCAUACCUGUCAAUAUGUCGCAAAGGCGCACAGUGGGGAAAUCAUGGAUAUCACGGUUCACCAGACCACUAUCGUUAGUUGUGCGAGAGAUCGCACGGUACAAGUGUUCACCAAGACCGGCAAUGGUUGGUCUUUGGCUCAAACACUGGACGAUCACACGGCUAGCGUAUCAAGGGUUUUGUUGCUGGAAAACGGAAAUAAACUUUUGUCAUGCUCGGCAGAUCGGACCAUAGUUAUCAGGGAACUUUGUCGUCGAGAGGCGAUCCAUGGAACUGUUGCUAUGGCGUACCUGGCGAUUAAGACUUUAACGACCAAAGCCUCACCGGUACAUAUGACUCCUCUUUCGGAUGCCACGUUAAUUGUGUCGACGAUGGAUCGACAGAUUCACAAAUUUGAUUUAAAUGCGGGGAAGAGUGUUCAUGCGUUUCGGUGUACGGAUGAAUCGGGUGACGCAGUUGUGAUGGACGCUAUAACGGUUGGAAAGGACAAGGGAUACCCGAGAUCUAGAGUUCUUGCUGGUAUAUCGACAACGGAUAAGAGUAUACGCCUUUACGAUUUAGCUGGAAAUCUCAUUGAUAAAGAAUGGGGACAUACGGAGGGAGUCAGCGAUGUCGCGCUAUUGGAGAGGGACCCGCGGAAGGGAGAGGAGAUGGGUCAAACGAUAGUUAUCAGUACGGGCACAGACGGCACAAUCAUGAUUUGGGAAUUUAAUCCUAAAGCCCAGGAACCGGAACCUGCUACUAUUGUUGUUGCUGCUUCCCCGGAGUCUGUGGAUAGCAGUUCUACUAGGAAGGAGAUGACCGCAACAAGGCCGCCUCUGCGAAGGGUGCUGAGCCGGGGUGAGCUCAUGGAUUUUUCGCCCAAGGCGGCCCCAGUGACGCCAAAUCCUAGGCCUUUAUCCACCCACGUCCCAUCGUCCCCUCCCCGAACGCUGAGGCGGAAGACAUCGGCGUACGGGAUGAAUAGAUCGAUGAGUUCGAAAGGCGGUCCAAAUACACCCAUGCCGCCAACGCCUUCAACGACUACAACGGAGGACUCAGUUUCGCCAUCGGCGCUAGUAUUUACGCAUGCUGCCACUACUACUACACCGAACAUGACACCAACCAUCUCAACACCAUCGGGCCCAAGCACCGGAAGAGAAAGCCGCAAGAGCACUCGACAUCGCACACCUAGCCCACCGGACCCGACCAAGAAUCAAAAUCUGCCACCGCCACCACAGCGGCGGGGAAGUUCCAUGACGAGGCCUCGUGGGAAGAGCAUAGGAAGUCCGAAUGAUCCUAAUAGUGGAAGUGGAAGCAUGAAUGGAUUGGCGGAAAGCCUCUCACGAAGUUUAAGAAGUUUUCGUAAGAAGAUUGACUCCCCUGGCUCCAAAGACGGUAUAAGACCAGAGGUGCUCAAAGAUUUGCAGCGGGAGCUGGCCCUAACGGCUAAGGAGUUGGGACACUCGGAGAAGGGAGAGUGUAAGAGCCGGGGUAGGACCCACGGUUUCACUCGUGGCACAUCAUCACGGGAAGACGGUAGAUCGGAAAUCAUGGCGCAGCUGUUAGACCAGUAUUCAGAGCGACUGGUAUCGCUGGUGAGUGAUAGACUAGAAAAUGGGAGAGGCAAACUCCCCAAGGAUAGGAAAAAGCCGGUGGACACAUCGGGCGAGGGCUAAAUUCUUUGCUUUUUCUCUUACACACUUAUAUUCUCAGCAGGGCUCACAUCCUUUUUCUUUGGAUUGUUUAUCGCAUCAUAUCUACUUUCUUUUAACGGGGUUUUACUUGACUUUAUUUCAUAGCACAGGCUUUCGUUCCUCUUUUUCUUUACCGGGGUUGGUGUUCAUUUCUUCUGAUUAAAGAACUCUGCUUCCAGCUUUUUUCUUUUCUUUUCUUUUUUUUACUUGGCCAGUCCUAAUCACCUUCUUUUCAAUAUCUAAUGUACAUUAGUUUCCUUGUGUUGCCGGCUUUUUCUUUACUUGCAUUGGGAUGGCUUUUACUUUUUUCUUGUAUCUUUUCUGGGUGAUGGGAUUUGGUUCGGGUUUCUCUUGUGCUCUUAUUUUUCUUUCUGUCUUGUCUCUUCUCGUUUUUUUAUAUUAAACGUAAGUGGGCUUGGGGAGGAUGUAUAAAGUAUUGUACUACCUAGGAGUUUGGAGGCGGGGGGCGGGUGAAAUGGAAUGGAUUCGAAGUUUGGAACGUCGGAAUGAUUCCUCCUUGAGGCGCUUGCACUACUCGUACCGGUAGUUCAUAGAGUGUGAUUCGGUGUUUUCAACCGUCUUGGGGCUAGUGGCGGGUGAAAUGGUGUCCUAUGACGUCACGUGGUCUGGGUAAACUGGUGCUGGGUUCCGCAUCCGCCGGUAUGAUGGUAGAUCCCGUGCGGAUACCGUAUUAUAGGCUUCCGAGGCCAGACUGUUAUCGAUUGAUAGGGGCUAAUCUGGCAUAGGAUUGACUUUGAGGGAGGGUUGUGAGC